AUGGAGACUGUAGUCGCUCUCGGUCUUGCUGCGAACAUAUGUCAAUUUGUAGAGUGCACAAUCGCUGUCAUCAAAGAUGGCAAAUCCAUAUACGACGGAGUCUCUGGCUUGACGAAAGAAUACGACGAAGUCCAGAAAAGAGCAAGCAGGCUUGCUGAGGCUGGCGUUGCGUUCCGCAAGCUGAGAAUUGCACAGCUUGGAUGUCAGCAAGAUGACAAGUUAAUCGAGCUUACAGAAGAUUCUAUCGACGUAGCGAACGGAUUAUAUCAAGAGUUCGAGAGGCUUAAAGGUAAAAGCACGAACAGGGUACUACAGGCCGCAUUUGGCCUCGUGAAGAGCUACGGCGCGCGUGAAAGGAUUGAGAAAAAGGUGCAACAAUUGAAACUUAUCCAACAAGAUAUCACUUCGCAAGGCAUUACGGUAAUGCUGUCUGACCUGGAUCAGAUAAAGCAGCAAAUGAAAGACGACAAAGAACAGAGCCGACAGUUCCAGAUACAGCAACAGAAAGGAGAGGCUUCCAUAUCUGAACAGAUCUCUGUUCUUGCAGAUUCGAUGAUUCGGUCCUUUAGCUCACAAUCAACCGUUUCACAAAGUCCCCAACAAGUAAUUGAUCACAUAAACACGCUGCAGGAGCACCAUUCACGGUGGAAAAGAGACAAGGAGUUGCGCCAAAAGAGGUACGCAGCCCUCAGGUCUCUCCAGUUUCACGAAAUGAUGUCCCGAAAGGAUGGUAUCAAGAACGCGCAUACCAAAGACCACGAUGACGGUAUCUUCUGGAUAUCAGGCAUACCCGGCUCUGGAAAGAGUGUCUUGAUGAAAUCCCUCAUAGAUGGUCAUCAGACAGAGGAGCAUCUGCUGUCGUGGGCUGGGGGCGCGAGGCUUGUGAUCGCCAGUCAUUACUUUUGGGCAACAGGCCCUGCAAUUCUGAAAUCGGAGAAUGGAAUGCUACGAUCUCUGUUAUUCGAGAUAUUCCGUUCGUGUCCUGAACUCGUGGACAAGAUGUGUCCAGCCAGUCUGCUCGAGUAUCCCGGGGAUAACGCCGCAGACUAUCCUUGGUCCCUUAUAGAGCUUCGGCAAAGUAUACAGUCUAUAAAUCAUCUGACAGGCCAGUAUCGCUUUUGUUUCUUCAUCGAUGGGCUCGACGAAUACGAUGACGCCUCGGAGUGGUCAGACGAAUCACGGAGGGUUGUUCCCACCAGUGUAAACGACAUCAUCGAAAUCGUUAGAUCCCUGACAUGCUUGGCUGGAGUGAAAGUCUGCGUGUCAAGUAGACCAUGGGUUGCAUUCGAUUCUGCAUACGGACAACGACCCACGACCAUGAUCAGCCUCGAGGAGUUCAACUGGACGGAAAUUCGCAAAUAUACAAAGGAGACAAUCUUACCAAUUGCGGAAAGCCUUCGGGAUAAUCCUUAUAACAAGAAAGACUACUACGGGCUUCAUAAAAUCAUAGAAUAUAUUAUGAGAGAAUCGAAAGGCGCCUUCCUUUGGGUAUAUUUGGUCGUCAAUAAGGUUGUGGUUGGUCUACGGCAUAAAGAUAGUAUAGACCUCCUCACCAAGCGAGUCAAAAACUUCCCCUCGGACCUUCCAGGAUUCUACAAGCAUAUGCUAGACAACAUGGAUCCGGACUAUGCAGAAGAAGCUCGAAAGAUCAUUUCAGUCGCUCUCUAUGCCUAUUAUACUGGAUAUGAACCUUUGCAUGUGUUACAAUACUCAUAUAUAUGGUCGCAGCUUGACACAACUGGCGACUUUGGGUUAUCAAUACCAACACCAUAUCGGUGCGAGUCUGGUAUGGAAGAGCUUAUUAAGCACGCCACUAAUCAGUUCCUUUCACGCUGUCCCGACUUCUUCCAUGUGAAACGACUGCAACAUGAUUUUCCACACGAUAUUGAAGUACGUUUUAUCCAUCGAACUGUCGCGGAAUUUAUACGUGAGGAAAUGGUAAUAUCGAAGUCAGAAAGAAACAUGGAUACACACUUCGACGUAUCUAGGUUUUUGGCGAACAGUUUUCUUGCUUGCGUCAAGACUAUGUUAAAUUCACCACUGACUCGCACAUUGGCAAUUCGCAAUGUUCGGGGCCCCAGAGCUUGGCCUGGCGCAACCCGUCGACUAAAGCUUUUACCAGCUCGGUAUCUGCCUAUCAUUCGAGCAGAGCUACAUCUUUGGGAACAAUUUACUUGCAAAGUAGUAUUGUCUCAGUCGGAGGUGCUUUAUAGUACAAUAAAUCAGAAACCGCUUAUACACCAUCCGCGAAUUCGUCCCGCUCAAGAUGAUUUCUGGCAAUGUCUCCUCGAGGAACGGCGGCGCAUAUUUGACCGUUAUCGAUUGGCCAAAUUCGCAUUGGCGAAUGGAGGGACUUUCCACUGGUAUGUUAAAGAAAGGGUUGCCAAGAAUCGGAAGCUUCUGUAUGAGAUGCUGAACUUCAGGACUCCUGAAAGUCUCUCUGCUUUCCUAUCAGUACAAGGCGUGAACGAGCCAUUAUUCAGCCAAGAACAAUGGACAGUCUUUAACAUCGGAGCAGCAGAUGCAUACGCCGCAGAAACACCAUGGGGUCUAUGGCUGAAGCGACUAAGCCAGUACUGUGUAAUCUGCGCCAGAAAGGACCAAGACCUCGGACGAGUUGGAGUAGCGACUUCAUUCAUCGAAAGUGGUGCAGAUAUGAGUCUUCGUCAGUAUUACGAAUUUUCUGACUGGGCAUCCGUAGAAAAAUUUGACACCCCACCGGACAUCGGCCAAUCUGUCAACUGGAGAGGGCUCCACGGUUGGACCAGAAUUUCGGUCGCGACAAUACCUGCACAGGUAUGUUCGAUUGAGAAAUUGAAGGUACGUCGGAGGUGUGCAGAGGAGAUACAUCUGAGGUGGGAAGGCGAGCUUUCACCCAGCGAGCUUUUGUUGUUCUACUUCAGGGACGCAACUCAUCGCCGAGACAUUAAGGAGGCAAUCGAGCAGCAAUCGAGAAGGCCGGGAUUAAAGCGGAAGUCGGUCCACCAGCAGAGGCAGAGCACGAAACAGACACCAUAA